AUGUCACCAGCCGCCAUUAUUAGUAGCGAUGACACGGUCAAAAGCGUCGAUGCUAAAACUUCGACUAAGACCGCAGUUGCAUCAAUUUCGAGGAACUUUCUGCAUGUGAUUGAUGAGCGUACUGGACAGUAUUACCAGAUUCCAGUCCGCCACAAUGCCAUCAAUGCCAGCGAGUUCAAAAAGAUCAAAGCCCCAGACACUGAAUACUACGCUGACCAGAAUGAAAAUGGAAUCCGAGUCCUUGAUCCUGGAUUCACAAACACCGCUGUGGUGGAAAGUAAAGUCACUUAUGUUGAUGGCAAAAGAGGCAAGAUCCAAUACAGGGGCUAUGACCUCGCGGAUAUCGUCGCCAACGGCAAGAAGUUUAUCGACACUGCUCACCUUAUGGUGUUCGGAUUUUGGCCUUCGGCUGAAGAAGGAGCAGGCUUCCAGCGCAAGCUUUUCGAUGCAAUGCAUAUUGAUCAAUGUGUCUUUGAUACCAUCCAUGCUUUUCCACCGACUGCUUCUACGACCCUGAUGUUGACGGCUGGGUUGGCGGCUGUGCAAGCUACCCAAAUGGAUAAGAUUCCCGCUCACAUGGCUAAAAACCUCUAUCUUGGAAAUCCGACACUGGUAGAGGAGCAAAUCAUUCGAUUAAUGGGCGUUCUACCCAUCGUCAGCGCGGUCGCUUAUUGUCAUCAUACCGGCCGUGCUUUCAAAUCGCCGAGAUCCGACCUGACUUACAUUGAAAACUUCUUGUAUAUGUGUGGCCAUGUGCUGGAAGAAACAGGGCUCCCUAACCCCCGCUAUGUGGAAAAUUUCGAGAGACUCUGGUCUCUCGUUGCCGAUCACGAGAUGACUUGCUCUACCGCAGCCUUUCUGUUGACUGCUAGCUCCUUACCUGACCCUAUCAGUUGUAUUAUUUCGGGUAUCGGGGCAUCAUACGGUCCUCUUCAUGGCGGUGCUAUUGAGUUUGCCUACAAGGAUAUGGCCGACAUUGGAAGCGUGGCCAAUUGCCAAACCAAGAUUGAUCGUGUGAAAUCUGGCAAAGAACGCCUGUUCGGAUAUGGACAUCGAGUCUACAAAGUUACUGAUCCGCGUUCCACACACAUUCAAGCUGUUUUGGACACACUGAAAGAAGAAAUUGAUAACGACCCCUUGUUGAAGGUUGCUUUCGAGCUGAACAGAAUCGCACAAGAAGAUGAAUACUUUGUUUCCCGCGGCUUGAAGCCCAACGCUGAUUUGUUCGCAGCUUUCACUUAUGGAGCAAUGGGCUUCCCUCCGGACUUUAUCCUCACCAUUUCAACUAUAUCCAGAACUCAAGGUCUGAUGGCACAUUGGAAAGAGGCUAUGUCUGGAAAGCCACUUAUCUGGCGCCCAACACAGAUCUACACGGGCAAGCUCGAUCAGAAAAUGGGCGAGUAA